GAGAGAGAGAGAAGAGGUUUCAUCUCCGUCGCCGGAGUUUCCUUCGACUGCUAGAUACAUCAAAGAUCUUCGAACAAAAUUCACCUCACAUUAACCCUAAAUUACGACUUUGGUAAUUAUCGCCUGAAACACACACACAACUACACAAGGAUUGAAUUUCGAGAGAUUUAGGAGAUGGGGGACUCAUCCGAAAGGUCAGGAUCGGGAAUGAAGGAUGAUCUGUCUAUGGAAAUUGAUCCUCCGUUCAAGGAAAACCUCGCUACCGCUGAGGAUUGGAGGAAGGCGUUGCAGAAGGUGGUUCCGGCGGUGGUGGUGCUUCGGACUACUGCCUGUCGAGCUUUCGAUACCGAAUCGGCAGGUGCAAGCUAUGCUACGGGAUUUGUUGUCGAUAAGAGUCGCGGAAUUAUACUAACUAAUCGUCAUGUGACUAAACCUGGUCCUGUGGUUGCUGAAGCUAUGUUUGUAAAUCGUGAAGAGAUUCCAGUCUAUCCAAUAUACAGAGACCCGGUUCAUGAUUUUGGAUUUUUUCGUUAUGAUCCUGCUGCAAUACAAUUUCUGAGCUAUGAGGAGAUUCCUCUUGCUCCAGAUGCUGCUUGUGUUGGAUUGGAAAUUAGAGUUGUUGGUAAUGAUAGUGGAGAGAAGGUCUCAAUUUUGGCUGGUACCCUUGCUCGUCUGGAUAGGGAUGCUCCAUAUUAUAAAAAGGAUGGCUACAACGAUUUCAAUACAUUUUACAUGCAGGCGGCUUCAGGUACUAAAGGUGGUUCAAGUGGUUCCCCGGUAAUUGAUUGGCAAGGACGAGCAGUUGCCUUGAAUGCUGGCAGCAAGUCGUCAAGUGCUUCAGCAUUUUUCUUACCUUUAGAACGAGUGGUGAGGGCUUUAACUUUCUUGCAGAAGGGAAGAGAUUCUUUUCAAGAUAAAUGGGAGGCUGUUACAAUACCUCGUGGUACGCUUCAGGCAACAUUUCUCCAUAAAGGAUUUGAUGAGACCCGUCGGCUUGGUCUCCGAAGUGAAAUAGAGCAGUUGGUGCGCCAUGCAUCCCCUCUAAGCGAAACUGGAAUGCUCGUUGUUGAUUCUGUAGUGCCUGGUGGCCCAGCUCAUAAACAGUUAGAGCCAGGUGAUGUGCUUGUUCGCAUGAACCGGGAGGUAAUUAGUCAGUUUCUGAAGAUGGAGAAUCUACUUGAUGAUAGUGUUGGCCAAAAUGUUGAGUUAGAACUCGAAAGGGGCGGCAGACCUUUGACUGUUCAAUUGACGGUUCAGGAUUUACACUCGAUAACUCCACACUACUUCUUGGAAGUUAGUGGUGCCGUGAUACACCCUCUUUCCUAUCAACAGGCUAGGAAUUUCCGUUUUCAAUGUGGUCUCGUCUAUGUCUCGGAACCUGGUUAUAUGCUUUUUAGAGCUGGAGUUCCAAGGCAUGCCAUUAUAAAGAAGUUUGCAGGUGAAGCAAUUUCACAGCUUGAAGACCUUAUCAGUGUUCUAUCAAAACUUUCUAGAGGAGCUAGAGUUCCAAUGGAAUAUAUAAGCUACAUGGAUCGUCAUAGGAGAAAGUCUGUCCUAGUUACAGUUGAUCGCCAUGAGUGGUAUGCCUCCCCUCAGAUUUACACUCGUGAUGACAAUUCUGGUCUCUGGAUAAUAAAGCAAGCUCUGCCUCUUGACUGCCCACUUAUAUCUUUUGGGACAAAAAAUAUCAAGCAAGGCCUGAUAAAUCAUGUAGUUUUGGGUACCACAGACAAUUGUCUUGUUGAACAUGUGCAUGGAGAUCUUGGUAAACAAUUGGUUAACGGUGUUAGCAGCACGAAGACAAGUAGCAGCACCAAACCACAUGAUCAAGCUGAAUCUGACAGUGGAACAAAAAAGCGCAGAGUUGGGGAAGAGCUUUCUACUGAUGGAAGUAUGCUUGCUGAUUAUACCUUGAAUGAACCAAAAAUUGAGAGCCAGGAAGAUCGGGAAGAUGCAGCUGUGACAGACCAUUAUGGUACAGCAGCUAUUUUUGGCAAUGCUUCUGUUGCCGAGCGUGAGAUAGAGCCCACUCUCGUCAUGUUUGAGGUUUAUGUACCAUCAUCAUGUAUGCUUGAUGGGGUCCACUCACAGCAUUUUUUCGGAACUGGGGUCAUCAUACAUCAUUCUGAAAACAUGGGAUUGGUUGCAGUCGACAAGAACACCGUUGCCAUAACAGCAUCUGACAUAGUCCUCUCCUUUGCUGCCUUCCCAGUGGAAAUUCCCGGCGAGGUUGUCUUUCUUCAUCCUGUUCACAACUAUGCUCUUGUUGCAUAUGAUCCUUCUGCACUAGGAUCUGCCGGGGCUUCUGCAGUACGAGCUGCUGAACUUCUUCCUGAACCUGCUUUACGGCGUGGUGACUCCGUCUAUUUGGUGGGGUUAAGUAGGAGCUUACAGGCAACAUCAAGAAAAUCCGUCGUUACCAACCCAUGUGCCGCUCUAAACAUUAGCUCAGCUGAUUCUCCACGGUAUAGAGCAAUCAACAUGGAAGUUAUCGAGCUCGACACUGAUUUUGGCAGUACUUUUUCAGGAGUGCUUACUGAUGAGAAUGGUAGGGUUAAAGCCAUAUGGGGAAGCUUUUCAACUCAGCUGAAAUACGGGUGUAAUACAUCCGAAGAUCAUCAAUUUGUUAGGGGUAUCCCUAUAUAUACGAUAAGCUUAAUACUUAAAAAGAUUUUAUCAGGUGCAAAAGGACCGUCACUUCUCAUAAAUGGCAUCAAGAGACCAAUGCCUCUUGUUAGAAUCUUAGAGGUUGAGCUUUAUCCUACUUUGCUAUCGAAGGCCAGAAGUUUUGGGCUCAGCGACCAUUGGAUCCAAGCUCUUGUGAAAAAAGAUCCGGUUAGACGUCAAGUGUUAUGUGUCAAAGGUUGUUUGGCGGGAUCUAAAGCUGAGAAUCUAUUAGCACAAGGUGAUAUGGUGUUGGCAAUCAAUAAAAAGCCAAUUACAUGCUUUCGUGAUAUUGAAGAUGCAUGCCAAGCCUUGGAUCAGUACGAUGCCACAGAAGGGAAACUUGGAUUGACCAUCUUUCGUCAGGGGCAUGAAAUCGAUCUUCUUGUGGGAACAGAUGUGAGAGACGGCAAUGGAACCACACGCGUAAUCAAUUGGUGUGGAUGUUUUUUACAGGAUUCUCACCCAGCAGUGCGUACUCUCGGGUUUUUGCCUGACGAAGGCCAUGGUGUAUACGUGACAAGAUGGUCUCAUGGGAGUCCUGUGCAUAGAUAUGGACUAUAUGCUCUUCAAUGGAUUGUUGAAGUCAAUGGGAAACCAACUCCUGAUUUGAAUGCCUUUGUUGAUGUAACAAAGGAAAUAGAAAACGGAGAAUUUGUUCGUGUGAAAACAGUGCACCUCAAUGGGAAGCCACGAGUGCUGACAUUGAAACAGGACUUGCACUACUGGCCUACUUGGGAGCUGAGGUUUGAUCCCGAAAAUGCAAUGUGGCAGCGUAAGACGAUUAAAGCAUUAUGAACUGGAAAAACAAAGGGUGGGUGUAUAUACAUAUAUAUACACACACAGAGAGAAAGGAUCACAACGAUAUAUUUAUUUAGGUCAUCAUGUGUAUACGACAAGUGUUGUAUUAGAUUAAGAGCUGAUGACAAAUUAUACAUGAACCAUUAUCUCUGUUCCUGAAGUUUUGUGCUAGCAGUAGUAGUUGUAGGUAGAUUAAAACAUGUAGCAAUAUUUAAAUGUUUAAAGAAAUUUAUUUUCAUCGGUGACGUUAUAGCAAUGGCUUCCAUUGUC